AUGUGCCAUGUGCCAUCUCCCUGCUACUUCUCACACUCCCUCCGCUUUCCAACCCAACUUCUUUCCCUCUCCCUUCCCGCCUCUUCCCCUCCCCCUCUCUCCCUUCCUCUGCCCACCUUCCCUCCCUCCCUCCCUCCCUCCCUCCCUCCCUCCCUCCCUCCCUCCCUCCCUCCCUCCCUCCCUCCCUCCCUCCCUCCCUCCCUCCCUCCCUCCCUCCCUCCCUCCCUCCCUCCCUGCAUGCAGCAAGGGUCCACAUGGGCCUACAACGACGCCUCCCUGCCACCGCCCAACCCUGACACUUGGUUCCUGCCCUCCUUUGAUGACUCUGCAUGGCUCAAAGGCCCUGCACCCCUAGCAGCAGGCAACAACAGGGCGGGCACCAACCUCACCCUCAACAGCACCACCAGCGGCUCACGAGUGGCACAUUAUUUCCGCCGCGCCUUCACUGUCACCGAUGCUGCCUGCCACGUGGCCCUCACCGUCUCCUUCAACAUUGCUGAUGGCGCUCCAGCUGGGCACUGUGCGCCAUAUCUGUGCCUUGCUGUUGACUCUCACUGCUGUGCUCUCUGCUGUGUGCCUCUCACAGUCUCCCUCAACGUCACUGACGCCGCUGUGAGCUUUCCUGCCCAUCACCACUCCCAUUUCAUCUUCCCGCCCACACCACACCUGUCCUCCUGUCCACCCGUGCCCACAUUUCUGCCCACGUCUCUGCACCUGCCCACAUUCUUCCACACCUGUCCACCCGUGGUGUACCUGAACGGGGUCGAGGCGUACCGCUUCCAGAUGCCGCCCCCCUCAUGGGGCCCGGUCACGCCGGCCACCAACGCCACGGGCGGCUAUGUGUGGCGGUGGGUGCCGUCCGUCCUGUCGGGUGGGUGGCUGCAGCAGGGGGCGAAUGUGAUCGCGGUGGAGGUGCAUCAGCAGAGGAGCACCAACACUCUGCUCACGUUUGACGUGCAGGUUACCAGCAAGAGGGAGGCCAUUGCCUGCACUCCUGCCCCACAGUAA